AUGAUUUUGUAAGCUCCCUUCCCACAAAGCCCACAACUCUCUCGGAACAUGGCACGCUGAUACCAGUUUGCGGCGUCUCUCCCGACAGCUGCAAUUACUGCGCCAACCUCUUGGUCGUCAUCGACUCGGGAGCGGGCAACAAAUGGGCGUGCAAGACCUGCCCUUACGAGUACCCGAUCAAGAAGAGUGUCAGUCAAGGUCCUGUCCUGGAAGGAGGCGAACUGAAGAACGCUCUGAUACUGACGACUAGUCGAGUUCAACUUGGGGGGCAGUAUCGCGAACGGGAGUUCCUGACCAGGAAAGAGGUCGAUGAUGUGCUCGGUGGGGAGGAUAGCUGGAAGAAUGUUGAUUCGACGGCAUGUACGUCUUUGCCCUGGCCGUGGUUGAACACGUGCGAAAUUCAUCCCAUGAUGAAGCUGACAUUGCCCCUCCCCCCUUCCCCCUUCCCCCUUUUCUCCCCCUUAAGACGAUUGCCCGAAAGAAUGCGGCGCCAACCGAGCGUUCUAUAUGCAGAUUCAAAUUCGAUCCGCGGAUGAACCUUCAAGUCAGUCCUUCUUUCUACAGUGUUGGUGAAAAGGACCCUCGCCGAUCGAAACCUAACGUUUCGAUUCGGUGAUUUUCGGUUUCGUAACAACCAGCUACUUUCUAUCGGUGAGUGCCUUGCUUCCGACUCCGAAGAGGUCCUCCCGAGCACUACUGACUUUCGGACCCGGAACCCUUUCCUCCUACUCCUUUCCGAAAGGUGUACAAACGCGAAAUGCGCAUUCCAAUGGCGUGAGAACUGA